GUUAGUCAAAAAAAAAUUUACACAACGAUAAUGUUAAAUACAAAAAUAAUUUUCGCUUUAUUGACACUUGUAACUGUUUUAUUUCAGUUUACUGUAACAGCUUGUAGUGUUAACAUUAUACAUUCGGAUAGAAAUACUGGAAGAGGUUUUGUACACUUUAGCCCGAGUGGUAUUAAUAUCGUAAGUUCAGAUCGUCGUCAUAGAUAUUUCAAUGUACAUCAAAACUCUUUAUCUGGUGGAAAACCUAUUCAGAAUGAUGUAACGUCAUCUACUAUGUCAAGUUUAUUGACAAACGCAACAAGCGAUCAAAAUUCUUUGUUAAAUUUAAUUAAUACACGAAAUGUCAAUCAAGAAGUUCCUAUUAUUAAUGGCGAUGCUUUAAUAUAA